AUCGCCGCCAGUGACGGUGGGGGAAUCUGUCACUAUAAAAGCACCGCUCGGUUGGGCGCCGACGUUUUAUCGUAGACGACUUUUUCCACCAUCAACAUCCACUCCGACGUUUGACGGUUUCGGAUUACAUUUGCGUCCCGCACACCCAUUGCCAGAAGCUCCACGCAAAAAUGAAAGUAGCCAUCUGUUUGCUCGCCGUCGUCGCUGUGGCCCUGGCCGCCCCCCAGGAACGGGACGGUGCUGCCCUAACGAAUGAAGCCAUCCGGCAGGCCCAGUCGCAGCAGCUGAUCCCCCGUGAUGCCACCAUCCAGGGCGUGCAGGAGGGCAUCCAGGUGGCCGCCAUCGAGUCCAUCCCCGGAGACCAGCGCGUCGAUCUGUUCCAGCUGCUCGGCGACCAGGUCCCACGGGAGGUCAUCUCCAAUCUGCAGUCGCAGGUUGACCAGGUUGGACACAACUAAGUGAUGGUCUGGCUACUGAUAGAGAGGGGUAAUGAAUAAAGAAAAUAGACGAAGAAUGAUCACUGAUUGUGAACGGUUGACGGAUUACGGACUUACGAUACGACGCCACGCACCAGGAGGCAUUAGGACAGUAUUUUUUAACGAAUUUCAUUGGUUUUAGUUAUUUUGUGCGAACAACAUCUCGACAAAUCGUUUUAUUAGUACAUGAUUUUUGUUUCUCUCUUCUUAGUUACCAUUCGAAUAGGCGAAGAAAAAAUAGGAAAAGACACUUGUUAUUCUUCCACGAUAGUGCCAAUAUAAUCCUUUAUCGUUGGCGAGUACCAUCGAAAGGAUGUGUUUUGUUUAUCAGUGUAGAUUUAAGUUUAAAGAAAGUUUGAUUUAAUAAAAAAAAAACUACAAAAUAAAAUUUCUCAAAAAUGA